AUGGCCAACAACGACGACAUAACCAUGUUGAAGCGCCGGCGCGCGAUAAUUACUGGUUCCUGCACGCGAGUUCGAACUUUCGCAGAUUCGAUCGAAUCCGUUACGUCGGCCAUUGCGGCUCAACUUGAGGAACGUCGAUCUAAAUUAGACGGCUAUUGGUCAAAUUAUGACGAGGUGCAAACGAAACUGGAAUUGAGCGACGAAGCCGAAGCGAAUCAUCGCGUCACAUUCGAGGAGGCCUUUUAUUCUACAUCCGCCCGAUUGCGCGAAUUGCUCUAUCUCUCUCUUAUACAUGCAAACGCGUCAUUAAACAAUAUCCAAAAACUGCAAUAUUUGAAGACUUCUCUCACCGGAGAUGCGGCCAAGGUGAUCGGCACGCUGAAGAUCUCCGGCGUAAAUUAUGCGGUCGCGUGGAGCUUACUCAAGGAUCGUUACGAUAAUAAGCGCGUCAUCGUGCAGAACCACGUGAAGGCUUUAAAGCGCCCUACGGCGCAUUGGGACGACUUAUUGGUCCACAUUUUGAGCGGCAAGCUCGACACGCUCACGUCCCGGGAAUGGCGACUAUCGCUGACGAGCUCCGAGUUGCCCACGCUGAAACAAUUAAUUGACUUCAUCUCACACCGAUGCCAAACUCUAGAGGCGAACGAAAAGCCAGCGUUACCGGUUUCACAAAGAAUUUCCGAAAUUCGCAAGCGCAAAAUCUACAUUAAUUGUCUGCGAUCCUCUGAUCACACUUCAAGCGCAUGCCCAUCAGGCAGUUGUAAAACCUGCAAUUCAAAGCACAAUUCGUUACUUCACCUUAUUGCCGUCAAUUCAACGAAGUCCGACACCUCGGAGUCACACAACUCCGCCACAAAUGAGAGGGAAGGGGCAAUUCCGGCAAUUUCUCCAACCACUCUCGUCGCAAACAGUGCAAACUCGCCCGCGCACAAUUGCGUGAUGCUGUCCACUGCUGUCGUCUCUGCAUAUGACUGCAAGGGCGCUCGCAAAUCUUGCCGCGUACUUUUGGACUGCGGCUCGCAAGCCAACUUUAUCUCACAGCGCUUUUUAGAAACGCUCGGUCUCAAAACGCGUGCUUCAGAUAUCUCUAUUUCGGGAAUAAACAAGACGGCUACGAGAUCCUUUCGGACCGCCGAGUUGCGACUGCAGUCGCGCAUAAACUCCUUCAAUAUGUCAUUAGAUUGCAUCGUUACCGAUCAUGUAACUGACAAGCUUCCCGCCUUCACUUUGAAGAGAAGCACCUUCGAAAUUCCGCAAAAUAUCGAAUUAGCGGAUCCGCAGUUUAACAUCGCGUCGGAAAUCGAUGUGCUAAUCGGCGCGGAUCAUUUCUGGAAUUUACUGUGCGUCGGACAAAUCAAAUCAUCGCCGGCUCACCCCACCCUUCAUAAAACGCGUUUCGGCUGGAUUCUGGCCGGACGAUUUGACAAAUUCCUCAAAAUCUAA